CCAAUUAUUCAUGGCGUCACGCGUUUAGAUACUUUAGAUAUUUGUGGCGCGAAGCGACCUGCGUCGACUUGCGUUUAAUAAGAUUUGUAAAAGUACGUGUUAGCGCCACUUCGCGUGCCUUAGAAACUGUCGUCAGUGCCGUUUUUACCAAAAAUCACUCGUCGGCAGUGGCAUGUGUAUUUCUCGCAUCUUGAUCGCUCAGAUUCUGCGAAGGUUGUGUCCAAGCAUUGCGUCCAGAUUACACUGAACUUAUUUUUAUAGUCCAGAUGUAACGAUAAGCAGUUGCCAUAGGCCUUCGUACUAUAAACUCUAUGGCAGUUGCAUUAGUUACGUCCAGUGUGUUGUUUGCGUGACUGCCCGAGAAUGUUCGUGUGCGCUGUGGCCAAGAUUGUAUACUUGGGUAGACAACAGGCAGUACCUACAAAUUCAUUGAAGUUAUGAUGAUAUUGAAUCAUCAACUCUCCCAAGCCACCAACCAUUCUUCUCACUCUGGAAAUUCGUUCACACAAGUACACUAAGCUGAUCUAGGAUCCCCGGUCAGAAAAAGGACAUUUUUUUCUCGGGGUGUGAUGGACGUGGAAGUCAAGGUAGAGCCCAGUAGCCCACCAACCACACCACCUCCUAUACACGUUGACACCAGUGAAAAAGAAGCACCAGCUGAGGGAAUACUUGGAAGUUACAGCUCUGAAACUUCGGAAGACAGCAUGGAUAGCAGCCAAGGAAUCUUGGAAGGUACCACGGAGCCUUCACUGAAGAAGCCUAAAAAGAGUGUGAACAACUUGCACAAGUGUGACCUGUGUGGGCGGUGCUUUUCUAGAGCAGACCAUUUGAAAAGGCAUCAGAUUGUGCACGCAUCUGGGAAGGAGCACUUCAGCACUCACAAGUGUGACCUGUGUGGCCGCUGCUUUGCAAGAGCAGAGUACUUGAAAAGGCAUCAGACCUUGCACACCUCUGGGAAGCAGCACUUCUGCACUCUCUGUAGCAGGCGAUUUCCUUGCGAGAAAAGUCUAAUUCUACACCAGUUUACCCACACGACCGAGAAGCCCUUUGCUUGCACCUUUUGUGACAUUAAGUUUUUAUAUAUAGCUGAUUUCACUAAACACAAGCGUGUGCAUACAGGCGAGGUGCCAUAUGCAUGCCGUAUAUGCCCAUCUAAAUACUGCACUAAAGAAUCUUUGGACAGACACGAGCAGCUGCACGCAGCUGGAGUGGAGAUGUUCAACUGCCCAGAGUGUGGCAAGGCCUUCAAGCGGGAAAGAUAUCUGCGGGAGCACCUGAAUUGGCACAGAGUGGAGAAGCCACACUCGUGUCAUCUUUGCCCAGCAAAGUUUGCCACCGAACAUCAUCUAAAUGGCCAUGUGUUAACGCACACGAGUGAAAAAAGGCAUAAGUGUGCUGUGUGCGAGAGAGACUUUAAGAGGCAAAAUGACCUCAAAAGACACAUGGCCACUAUACAUGUUGGAGUCAAGGUUGCCGUGGCAAGCACCGACAGCAGGGUGGAGAUGCCAAGUAGCCCCCUCUCCAUGCAGCCUACUGACCCUCUGGACGUGGAUAGAAAAGGACAAUCUGAGCUUCCAGUCCCAUUGCCAAGGAUCAUUUCUGUAACCACAUCGACAGGGAGCACUGAAUCUCCAGGAAGCGCAGCCAUUACAGACAGUGACUGUGCCUAGUCAACAGACAUUGGAUGAAGGACGUAGUUGAUGGAACACAUUUCAUUGUAAUGGUUAUAGCAGCCAGCCUAGACUGUUGUCAUGUGUACUUCCAAUACUCACAGUAAAGUUACCCAACAUAUACAACAUUGCGCAGUGGCAAUUACAUCACACUGCCUAGCUCAAGGGUGCCCACUUCAAUCCGUGAGCUUGGCUGCAUUUUGGUGUGGGUAAAAUGAAAAUAAAAGGCACUCAUGUACAUAACUAUAGGUGCAUGUCAAAGUAUCUCUGGCAGCAAAAUUAAUCUGGUAUCCUAUGCUACCAUGUGUCCCUCAAUGGUAUCAAUUUUUUCACUAAUAUUUGUGUACUAAUUUUUGACCGAUGCCCAGUCGCACAAGUGACAUUCUCACAUUCGGAUAGGACAAGAGUGUAUUUGUGUACUUAUGUUAAGGCUGUUAGGAUAUGGGAUUUUCUUUAUCUCUAAGCCUCUGCAAGGAAUCUGUUACACUUGCUGUAGGCUUUUUCAACAAGUGCAGUCCAGCUCAGGUUUAUAGAAUAGAGCAGCACAACAAUGCGAUCAAAAGUGAUCACAUGCACAUUAUUACGAUAUUAUUACAUUAUUACUUCAAGUAAUGCAGUCGAACCCACUUAUAACAGUACUCAAGUGCCAUGAAAAUUUCAUUGUUAUAAUCGAUAAUUGAGCACGAAAAAAAGCAAUAUAGGGGGACAGCAGGCUGCUGAAAGAAAACUAUAACAUCAGAUGGGAUAUGCCAACAGACAUUAGUGAUAAGGAUGACAAAGGUGCCGAUUUUUCGGACAUGCUUGAAAAUUCAGGUGCUCAAAACUCAUCCAAGUCUCAACAUUUUACUCAAGUUGCAUGUUGUAUGAAGCCACUGCCACUCCCCGCUGUAGCGGUUUUCAAAAAUCAGCUUUGCAGCAAUGCCGCAAUGCCACAACGCUAUGCGGUGAAGCAUACUGCGAGUCUGAAGGGGCGCUGGUGGAAGUGGGGGUUGUGGGCGGGGAUUCAGCAGCUUGAAUUUCUCGUUUUCUUCGCUCUUUUCAAGGUUUUCGCUUUUCAUUACCUUUCAGCACAGACACCCAACAGACAGAAUUCAUUGUUAUAACCGAUAAUGCGGCAUGUGGGCAUUGCUGUAAGCGGGUUAUUUCACCAUAGAAAACAUACCAAUGUUGACGGUGCUGCAGCUUCUCAUUGUUAUAACCGAUAUAUUGUUAAAACCUGUAUCGUUAUAAGUGGGUUCGACUGUAAUAAUAAUAAGGGAGCAAGUGGCUUGAUGAAGACUACUUGUCGAAACGUUAGCUCCAGCUGCCUUCCGUAUUCAAGAAUUUUUUCGUCGCUUUCGCAAGUAGUACUUUGUGCAGCUGAAGUAGAUAAAUCACUGAAGUUAUUAAUCUUGGGGUAGCCUGACUGCUAUUAUGGUACACAUUAUGCGAGUUGCAGUAGCAGCUACCACAAAUUAAAACGCGGAUGUCUUCAUUCUGCAGUUUGUCAUAGUGUCUCAAGAUGUCUGUAUCGGCGUUAUUCAGUGACCAAAUGUAUAAGUUUAUGCUCAUGCAAAGUUAGACGGCAUGAAAGACGAGAACAAAAGGAAACACAGAUACACAGGACGAGUGCUGUAAACACGCACACAGAGGACAGUGGUUUUGUUUUGAUUUGUCGCCUAGGGGAAAACGGCUCAUACCUACGAAGAAGACUGGCCACACUGUCCAAUAUUAAGAGAAAUGAGUAAAAAGCAUUAACUAAAUGCUAUGUAACAUAAAAAAAAACGACGAAAUGCAAUGUAAAUAAAAAGUGAAAGAGAUAAAAGAUUGAAAAAAAGAGAAACAAAAAAAAAUCGUUUCCAGUGGUCGGUCGCACUGGCAGCGUAAUCUUAGCAUCGUAAAUUUGUGCAGCGCAGUUAGAAUAGCGCUGUGGCUUGCACCAAACUGAUUGGGCUCCAAACAACAAGAGGUUACUAGUAGUGAAUGUUAAACCCAGCUUACCACUCGGCAUUUCAAGAAACAUUCUGUGGAGUUGGCGGCAUGAGAGAAAACGUUAUCUAUUGUUUUCGGUUUAUUGCAAGGCUGUACAGAGGUUAUUUAAUGAGAAACCAGACUUGUGAAGGUAAAAAUCGAACCAACACUGGUCCCGUGUGUGCAUAUUUUCAUGUGUCCUCGUCUUUUGUGCUCUUUAACUUUGCAGAUACCAACUUGCCCAAACCAAAGAACUCCUAAGCCAAAUUUAUUCUUAUGCGUUUGUUUUUUUAUGUCCAGGAUCUCUGAAGUUGCCAUGGGAUCUUCACAAAAUGAGUGUUUUGUCAGCUGGCACGAGUGAAACUGUGCAGACGGAGCUUUGUAAACUUGAGCUAUAUUGUAAAGCGUUGCAUUUGGCACACGAUGAGAAGGGGCACACGUUCCCUGCCUGUGGCCGGAAGUUUGUUGCGAGGCAUUCAACCCCUGCUGAUUUAUAAGAAUGAGAAGCCCUCUGUGCCAGGUAGUUUUCUGGUAAGUUCAAGCUCACUUCGUGCGAGGGAGAUAGGCCAUAUGUGUGCCAGAUGUGCCCUUCCAGAUUCUGCAGGAAGAAGCCUUCACACCAGCACGAGAGCAUACAAGUGGAGUAGACUUGUACUUUUGGCCAGAGUGUGGCAAGGCCUUUGGGAUGAGAGCUAUGUUGGAGCACUUGAACUGGUACAAGAGGAAGAAGCCGUGCCUGUGCCCCUUGUGGCCUGCCAGAUUUGCAUGGAAACACUGUCUCGAAACUGUCACAGACAAGUGACAAGACACACAAGCAUUCUGUUCGCAAGAGACACCUUGCCUUACGUUCACCCUAAAUUUGCACAUGCACUGGAUGCACAGUGGAGAUUGCAGCGCCAAGUAACCCUCUGACAAGGUGUUUCCCGGAAGUGAAAUGCAAUGCAGAACUGUGCAUGUUUAAAAAUCUUUAAAGUGCAGUCCAAAUGGAAAAAAAAUUGCUGCAUUCUGUUUCAAGGGGUCAUUAUUCUGGCCUUGGUCUUACUCGAUAUUUGACAGUUUGAUAAAUUUGGUCCCAACGUUAUGGCACAUUCAUUUCCCUUCCUGUUCUUCAGAUUUAUGUAAAAUUUGUGCCGCAUUAUCUCUGCUAAGCUUGUGCCUGUGAUGUCACUGUUAAACUGUAAGAGAUAUUUUCAUUUUAGGUAGCACUAUGUUUUCAUAAGUUGUCAUGCAUUUCCAUCACGGUAUUUUAGCGAGUGACCACGGUGUUGUUCUGCCGAGUGCAGAAUUGCAACUUCAGUACUCGCUUUGCUGCACAUUUCAGCGCCGACCGAAUACAAAAAUGCCCAAUAACAGAUUUAGAUGCUUCUUAAAGAACAUCAUGUGUUCUACCUACUUCACCCAUAAUGACGUGCCUCAUUACGAGUUUGAUGCUUUGGCAUGUAAAAAAUCAUUACUUAUUUUAGUUUUCAUCGCACUUGCAAAAGUGGUGAAGUGACUUAUCGUCUAGCUUGUGUUUUCUCUUGCAAUGCUGACACAGCAUUCAUAAUAACCUAGUCUGGGGGUCCUUAAAGGAAAUGCCUUAAAGCAAAAUUUGAGAAUCAGUGUGUUCUGUGCACGGAACCUGUCACAUAUGAGACACCGUGACCACUAUGACCAUUGGCAUAGCCAGAGGGGGUUGAGCCCCAGACCCGAAAAUUUUAAGUAUUAUGUGUGUAUAUAUACACAUGCACAUACAUGUGCAUGAAAAUACAUAAAGGGUGAUUGAACCCCCCGAAAAAAAAUCGCUGGCCCAUUUGUACAAUCAACACAUAAGAAUGUGUUUAUUGCACAAAUGGGGCAAAGGUUUGUUCAUAACUUGCGACAGUGCUUAGGUGUUUGAAAUGAAGGGUUGGCUCAAAUCUAGUGAUUUCCUGGGAAAAGUAUUGGUUCCUAGUCAAAAUAUUGUACUGGUACUCGCAGGACCUCAUUCUUGUGCCAAUAAAAGCCAUGCUUCACUUAAUGAACUAAAAAAGGUUAACGGCUUUGUUGUAAAAUUGUGUUCAUUGUCUUGUAAUAAAAAAAGAACCAGCUGAGGCAGGGCCAUGAUUGUAACGCUCCAGACAAGCAGCACUGAAAAUUCGAGAGGCAUAGUGGAUAGCUGUGCUAUUCACUAUUCAAAUGUUUGAAUGUUCUUUCAUUAAGGGGGAAUUGAUGACUGUUCUAUUGAAAAUGGUGGUCUUCAAAGCAGACUGCAUUUCUUUGGACGUAGGUUCACUUAUGCCAAGUCAGGCUUUUAAAUGGAUGAUGAUGAUGACAUUGUAGGUUGCCAGCGGAUCUAGCAUUGCAAGAUUUGUAGGCAAUUGCCCCGCUCAGUUUCCUCCUUUCAGAUUAUGUUGAAAUAAUGUACUUUUUUUAAAGUGAAGCGCAGACAGGCUACCAAGAAGGCGCGCACAGCGCGAUGCAUCAAUGCACAUGCUGAUGGCCUAUGAGCUAUUCCGCAUACGGUGUUGUGCCGGGCCCCCAUAUCACCACACCACACUCCAACAUAAGUGUCACUCAUCACCAGUAACAUGUGAGG